AUGGAGCUGGAGCAUAAAGCUUACUGGGCCAUUAAAGAGUUAAAUUUUGCAUAUGAUUCAGCAGGGGAAAAGUGGAAAUUGCAGUUAAAUGAGCUAGAGGAAAUUCGUCAAGAUGCUUAUGACAGUUCUCGCAUCUACAAGGAAAGAACGAAGGCAUUUCAUGACAGUCAAAUUUUACGGAAGGAAUUUCAGCCAAGGCAAAAGGUUCUGUUAUUCAGUUCAAGGCUCAAGUUGUUUCUAGGAAAAUUAAAAUCUCGUUGGACUGGACCCUACCUGGUGACUCAAGUUUUUUCUCAUGGAGCAGUUGAAAUAACUAAUAAGGCUAAAGGCAACACAUUCAAGGUGAAUGGUCACAGGCUGAAACCAUACGUGGAGACACCCUUAAGGAACCAGUGA